AUGUGUUUUGAAGGAAGUGAUGUUCUGGCUGAAAUGAGAAGUGUAGAGAGUCUCCAUCAGUUCGAAGGAAACAGGUAUUGUUUCAAGGGUCCAAAUGUGUUCAGGGAUCUCCCUACGUUGACCAGCCCUGCUUUCUUUGGGCUUGAUGAGAUACAUCUACUUGGACAUGAUAUACAUAAACAACUAUAUAUAGCAUUGGGCAGCAAGUUUCAGAUUAGUUCAGAGAUCGCACACAAUGAAGACCAACAACAGCAACAACAGCAACAGGAGCAGCAGCAGCAAAUAUAUACAUUUUCUUUAAAUGUGCCUAUUGCCAAGAUUGAUAAUGCAAUCAGCAAGUCUAGAGCAGACAUCCCAGCAAUAUUCACUGGCAGUUGGAGGUCACUGGAGGAGACAACUGGCAGACAAAAGGCAGUCAACUGGUUGGAUUUCCUUUUGUUUGUUGUUCCAACGGUAGUAGUAAAAAACUUUGUCCUUAGCAACACCAGAGAGGUAGUAAUGAACCUAGUCAACGCCUGUUCUAUUGCCCAGCAAUGGAAAUUAUUUAAUCAUAUUUAUAAAUCUAUCACCCACUGGCAUUCUUUCCUUCGCAAUGAGAUUGAAGAGAAAAGACUUAAGCCUACCAUCUUCAUAAUCAACCAACAUAUGCUUGUACAUCUUGAAUAUAUAAUGAGAGAGAUGGGCACACUGCGAGCAUUCAGCUGCCGCCUGAUUGAACCUACUAUUGGCUUGUACAGAACAGCAAUUAGGUCGAGAAAAAAGUCAGGAAAAAAUAUGGAUAAUAUUUUAUUUUGCAAGGCCGGGAUACAGCAUUGCCUCCGUGGUCGGUCUGCUGUUCUGAGACCAACCAAUAGAAAAACCAGCAACUUUGAGGUCGCGAUUGAUGAUGUUGCUGGUCCCCAGCUUUGGUCCAGCCCAACAAGGAUGUCUCUUGGUGCUGUGGCGAGAGAAACCGGCAUAAAUCACAAUAAUUUAGUAGGCCAAAUAGCGUCUCUCUGGGGUCAAGACAACCAGACUCUGUUCGCAGAAAAUGAGGAGCAUUUGUGUGGCGCUUGGGCCAGUAAUGAAGAGAUGUUUCCUGUGUGGGAAAGCCAAACAAUUGGUGAGAUGAAGAUGGUGGAGGUAAAGUCCAUCAGGGGGAUGGCUGGUCUUGUUCACAACAUCAACAAUGAAACUAUUAGACAUGUGGUAUUUCCACAUCCACGUCAUUAUGAAUAG